AUGAUCCAGAACAUCCUUUGCUUCACGUCCGGCUACGUGAACGCAUUGGCCAUUAUCGACAUGGGCAUGACGGUCUCGCACCAGAGUGGCAACACCAGCCACACCGGACGCUUGAUCCUCAACGGCGGCGCCAAGUUCUUCCACUUGAUGCUCACCUUCUGCAUCGGCUCCUUCGUGGCCGGCUUCACCAAGUGCGACCAGGAGGCCGUCUACCAGGGACGCUACUCGCCCAACCUGCUGGCCGCCGCCUUUGCCACCGUCUUCGGCUGCAUGAUCCACUACUGCAAGGCCGAGGAUGGCAUCUCCAACGACGCCACCUCUGAGUGCCUCCUGCUGUGGGCCUUUGCGCAGGGCAUCCAGAACGGCAUCACGCGAAGGUGCAGCUCCCUGCCCAUCUGCACCACGCACUUCACCGGCUACCUCACCGACGUCGGCGUCGGCCUGGGCUUGUGGACCCGCGCGCAGGCGGACGGCGCGGAGCCCCCCACCUUGCUGAAGGUCCUCCUCUUCGCAGCCGGCAUCUUCUUCUUCGGCCUCGGUGGCGUGGCCGCGAUGGAGACCCACCCGAAGUGGGGUGCACAGGCAGCCCUGGUCCCGGCGGCCAUCAUGGCGGCCGUGGCUGGUGGCCUCAUCCCCGUCAUCAAGCCGAUCGCGAAGACCGCCUAA